CUGGACAGCCAUCUGUUCGCCACAUCAUGCCCAUGCAGGUCGGCGAUGAGCUUACUCGAAUUGAGGAUGUUUGCGGAUGUCACAGAGAGACGCCCUCGCGCCCUACCCAGGCAUGUCGCUCUUGCCAAGCUCAAGGCCUCUCUCGCUCGUGGACGCCUUUUCCGAGAAUUCAACCACGCAGCCGCAAAACGGCCAUGCUGGACUCACUGGCAACAGAUACUACCAGCCUGAAGCACUACGGGCUGCUUUGCAGCAGAAUAGACGACCUCGAGCUCUCCCCAUAUCUGUCGCCUCCCUGGAAGUCCCUCUACUCCGCCGUGCCAAUUGAUAUGGAGUGGGCCGCGUUUCUGCAUCCGAUGAAUGCAAGGUAAAGGACCCAGACUUUGCCUCGACAUUGCGUUCGUCUGCAAGUCGCGCACGCGGCACCUCAUACGACUCGGGGGCGAGCGCCAAUCUGGUGGGCGCAACAUGGCGUGGUUCAUACGCUGUGGCAAAAAGACUCACGGAGGUUGGCAGCGUACGGAUGACAUCGCUGCGUAAGGACGGGCCGUCGAUUCAAGAGGGUCGGCGAUCGCAGUGAAGACAUCGGAGCUGGUCUUGAUCAACAACCGGGAGCAUACUCAGGCUCAAUUUUCGGCAUAACAAUGAUUACACGUAUAAUAGUAUGCUGUACUAUCAGCCCCAUCACCUACUAGGCUUACCUCAAGAGUGCGC